UGGGACUGCGCAGAGCCAGGCCCGCGGAAUGGGCUGAGGCGGCGGCGGCUGCUGCGACAGAGUCGACAGCGGGGCGCGAGGCGCGAGGCGCGACGCCGGUCCGGAUCCUAAGACGUCCGGUUUGAGGAGCGGGCGGGGACUAGGCUUUUCUGGGGCCGGGGGCUUGAUCAGUGGGCGAUUUCAGUCGUGCGGGGACCUCCUACUCGAGGGAGCAUGACAGGAAGUGUGGGGACCCCAGGCUCUAUGCAUGGGGACAUAUAGUGCGGGAAUCUCAGUGUUGAUGGAGUGCCCCAGAGUUCUGGUGAGGGUUGGCGCCUCGCAAGGACACCCUGCUGCCAAGCUGGCAGAGCUCCCAAAGACAAGGCGCUCUGUGGGAAAGAUCGCUAGGUUUUUGUUUUUUUGUAUGUUUCUAUAUCUGAAGUAUGGAUUUACUGUGAAUAUGCAUCAUAUCUAGCUUGAAUAAAUAAAAGUAUAAACGUUUAACAUUCUCAACUUUUUUUCUUUAUUUAUAUGGAGAAAUAUAAGCUCGGCUUGAAAUGGAGAAGUAUGAAAUUCUUGGAAAAGCAGGAGAGGGAAGUUACGGAACAGUCAUGAAAUGUAAACAUAGGGAUACUGGGCACAUAGUGGCCGUUAAGAUAUUUUGUGAGAAACCAGAAAAAUCUGUCAACAAAAUUGCAAUGAGAGAAAUAAAGUUUCUAAAGCAAUUUCGUCAUGAAAACCUGGUCAAUCUGAUUGACGUUUUUAGACAGAAAAAGAAAAUUCAUUUGGUUUUUGAAUUUAUUGACCACACAAUAUUAGAUGAAUUGCAGCAUUAUUGUCAUGGACUAGAGAGUAAACGGCUUAGAAAAUACCUCUUCCAGAUUCUUCGAGCAAUUGAAUAUCUUCACAAUAAUAAUAUCAUUCAUCGAGAUAUAAAACCUGAGAAUAUUUUAGUAUCACAGACUGGAAUUACUAAGCUCUGUGAUUUUGGUUUUGCACGAACACUAGCAGCUCCUGGGGACAUUUAUACAGACUAUGUGGCCACACGCUGGUAUAGAGCUCCAGAAUUAGUAUUAAAAGAUACUUCUUAUGGAAAACCUGUGGAUAUUUGGGCUUUGGGCUGUAUGACCAUUGAGAUGGCCACUGGAAAUCCACAUCUUCCUAGCAGCUCUGAUUUGGAUUUACUCCAUAAAAUUGUUUUAAAAGUAGGUGAUUUGACACCUCACUUGCAAAAUAUGUUUUCCAAGAGCUCCAUCUUUGAUGGGGUGGUUCUUCCUCAAGUUCAACACCCCAAAAAUGCAAGAAAAAAAUACCCAAAGCUUAACGGAUUGUUGGCAGAUGUAGUUCAUGCUUGUUUACAAAUUGAUCCUGCUGAGAGGAUAUCAUCUAGUGAACUUCUGCAUUAUGAAUAUUUUACUAGAGAUGGAUUUAUUGAAAAAUUCAUACCAGAGCUGAGAGCUAAAGUACUACAAGAAGCAAGAGUCAAUUCAUUCAUAAAGCCAAAAGAGAACUCUAAAGAAAAUGAACUUUGGAAAGAUGAAAGGAAAACAAUUUAUACCAAUACGCUGCUAAGUAGUUCAGUUUGGGGAAAGGAAAUGGAAAAAGAGAAGAGGCCCAAGGAAAUCAAAGUCAGAGUUAUUAAAAUCAAAGAAGGAAUAGGCGAUAUCUUUGAACCGAAAAAGAUAGAUUAUAAAGGCAGACAUUGUCAACAGGAUGCAACUGAAAAUGUUUAUGCUAAGUCUCAGGAUACAAAGACUUUAAUCACUGAAUCAUCAAAACCUGUCAGUCCCAGCGUUAACUCUAAUGGCAUGAAAGAAGAUCCACAUUCUGGAAGUUGUAUGACAAUGCCACCCAUCAAUCUAACUAACAGUAAUUUGAUGGCAGCAAAUCACAAUUCAAAUCUCUCUCACCCUAAUCCAAGGUUAAUUGAAAGAACAAAAAAGAGACGUACUUCUUCACAAUCUAUUGGACAAGUUAUAUCUAAUAGCAGGCAAGAGAAUACAGAGCCCACUCAAACCCAAAUGGAGAAGGGUAUAUUUAGUGGGCAAGCAGGUCAAAGUGACCAAAUGGCAAAUGGAAACAAAAGGAAGCUGAAUUUUUUGAGAUCUGAUAAAAAGGAAUUCCAUUUUCCAGAACUCCCUUUCACAAGACAGUCAAAGGAUGUAAAAGGAAAGGAAGUUAAACAGAUAAAAGCACUGAAGAGGGAGUUAAAGAAAACAGAUUCAUCUAAAAUACCAUUACUUAAUGCGGAUCAAAAUCAAGACAAACAAGAGGGAGCAAAUGGCCGUGAGGGGAAGAAUUUGAAGAGGAACAGAUUUUUUUUCUGGUAAUGUCUUUUCUUUUCAAUAAUCUCAAGAAUACAAACUGACAACUCUUCCUUUUUUAUUUUAUAUACAAUAGAAAUGUAAUGUGAGUUGUUAAAACAGCCACCUGUCUGCAUUAGCAUCCUCCAACUUUGUUUUGUUGUUAGCAAAAUAUUUACUGUUUACUUCUCUCUUUCUUCUAUGAUUUUUUUGA